AUGUCGACCAUUCAGCUUUCGUUCUCUCUGCGCGUCUCGUCCGGCGUCAAGACGGUGCACCUCCUGGGCUCCUGGGACGGUUACGUCGGCCAGCUGCCGCUGUCCAAAGACAGCAAGUCCUCCAAGUCCGGCUCGUGGAAGGGCACUUUCCGCUUCCCGGGAAAUACGCUCGAGGCUGGCCAGCGCUACUGGUACUACUACAUCAUCGACGGCUACCACACCUCGCACAACCCCAGCGAGAAGUCGACCACUGAGCCCACCACCGGCCGCGAGCUGAACGUGCUCGACGUGCCCAAGGUCAAGUCUUCUUCGUCGUCCAGCAGCAAGCACAGCAGCUCCAGCAGCUCCAGCAGCAGCCACAAGUCUUCCUCGCACUCGUCGUCCCGCCACUCGUCCAAGGACAAGAGCCGUCACUCGCACGUGGAGGUCCCCAAGGGCCGCCCGCUGUCCGUCUCCCAGAUCAAGUCGCCCAAGCCGCAUUCGCCACACGCCACGCGCCACAUCCUGACUGACGACUACGACGUGGACGAGCUUGCCGAGCACCUGGCCAAGUCGGGCAUCGACGAGGCCGACUACGACGAGGCCGCCGUUGGCAUCGUCUACGGCGAUGACUACGCCGGUGAGGAUGCUUACAUCACCGCCGACAUGGGCGUGCUCAGCGGCUCGCCGCUGUCCAGCAGUGGCUCGGACCUGUCCUACUCCUCCGAUGACAGCAGCAGCCAGGGCGCGUACUCCAGCGUGUCUGGCUACUCGACCCCGAGCUCUGACUACAGCUCCUGCACCUGCGAGCGCUACGGCAUCACCCGCAAGGGCGACCGCGUGCGCAUCGACUGUGGCGGUGCCCGCUGUGGUUACGAGGACUCGUGCUCGUCCUCGGAGGACGAGGAGUACGUUGAGCACUCGUCGCGUCGCAACGGCAUUGUCGUUGCUGCAUGA